AGGAACUCUCAGACAGCUGGGCUCAGAGCUGUUAAGCCACCAGCACGUAUUGACAGCUCCCUCCUCUUCGCUCGGACGGCUGCAUCUUCCGAGCACUGCCUCAGCCAUGAACAAGUUGCUGGGGGCUCUCCUCUCUUGGAGCCUGGUGGCCUGGGUGCAAGGAGCAGAGAAGCCUCCAGAGCUGCCAGCUGCUGCUGGGUUUCACGCGUGUAAGAAAGCCCUGAAUCUGCCUGGGCUGGAGGUACUGCCGGGCGGGGGCUGGGACAACCUCAGGAACCUGGAUAUGGGGAGAGUGAUCAGCCUGGGCUACUCGCUGUGCAAGACCACAGAGGAUGGGUCCUACAUCAUCCCAGAUGAGGUCUUCACCAUCCCCCGCAAGCAGAGCAACCUGGAGAUCAACUCGGAGAUCAUAGAAUCUUGGAUGGACUACCAGAGCGCCUUCGCCGCCUCGGUCAACACAGAGGUCUCCCUCUUCUCCUCUCUCAACGGCAAAUUCUCCAGCGACUUCCGCAAGAUGAAGACCCACCAGGUGAAAGACCAGGCCAUGACCACCCGGGUCCAGGUCAGGAACCUGGUCUACACGGCCAAGUUUGACCCCGGGGCAGCCCUGGACAAGGGCUUCCGCCAGCAGCUAGUGGCCCUUGCUGGGCACCUGGAGAACAACCAGACCCGGAUGGCAGACUACUUGGCAGAGGUGCUGGUGCUGAACUAUGGUACCCAUGUCAUUACCUCGGUGGACGCUGGCGCCAGCCUGGUGCAAGAGGAUCAGAUCAAAUCCACCUUUGUCCAGGACAACAUGUCCACACGGAGUGCCAUCACCGCCGCAGCUGGGGCCUCCUUCCACAGCAUCAUCAACUUCAGCGUCAGCGAGUCACUGAGCGUGGAGAACUCCUUCACCAAGCAGUACCUGUCCAACCGCACCAACUCCCGGGUGGAGAGCAUUGGUGGCGUGCCCUUCUACCCAGGGAUCACCCUCAAGGCCUGGCAAGAGGGCACCACCAACCAGCUGGUGGCUAUUGACCGCUCUGGCUUGCCCUUGCAUUUCUUUAUCACGCCCAGCAGCCUGCCGGAGCUACCCAGCCCCACAGUGAAGAAGCUCUCUCGGAGGGUAGAGUUGGCUGCCCGCCGCUACUACAUCUUCAACACCUACCCCGGCUGCACCGACACCACCUCGGCAAACUUCAACUUCCACGCCAACGCCGACGACGGCUCCUGCAAAGCGGCUGAGACCAACUUUACCUUCGGGGGCGCCUACCAGGAGUGCGUCCCUCUGUGGGGCCCGGAUGCAUCAGCCCUCUGCCAAGGGCUAGAACACAGGAACCCGCUCACCGGGGCGUUCUCCUGCCCUGUGGGCUACACCCCGGUGCGACUGAGCACCCAGGAGCGGGAAGAAGGCUACAGCCACCUGGAGUGCCACCGCUCCUGUAAGCUGUUCCUGUUCUGCAAGAGAGUGUGCCAGGAUGUGUUCUGGCUGUCCAAGGUCCAGUUCAGUGCCUUCUGGUGCAUGGCAAGAAGCCAGGUCCCUGAGAACUCGGGGUACCUCUUCGGGGGUCUCUUCAGCUCUCGGAGCAUCAAUCCCUUGACCAACGCCCAGUCUUGCCCCUCCGGCUUCUUCCAGCUGAGGCUCUUCGACCAGCUCCAGCUGUGUGUCAGCAGAGACUACGAGAUGGGGCACAGGUACUCUGUGCCCUUCGGGGGGCUCUUCAGCUGUGAGACAGGGAACCCCCUGGCAGGGGCCCACCAGGGGACCGUGAAUGACCCCUACCUGAAGCGCUGCCCGGCGGGAUUCAGCCAACACCUGGCUCUGAUCAGCGACGGCUGCCAGGUGGAGUACUGCGUCCAGUCUGGGAUCUUCACCGGAGGGGCCCUGCCCCCGGUGCGGCUCCCUCCCUACACCCGCCCACCCGCCAUGAACCUGGUGGACACUGACACCGUCCUGGUGACCAAUGCCAAUGGAGAGCGCUCCUGGGUCAAAGACGCCCAGACCCAGCUGUGGCGGCUUGGGGACCCCACUGAGACGCGCCGCGCUGCAGGGCUGGGUGCUGGAGGGGGCCUGUCGGGCAAGGCAACAGCCGGUGUCACGGUGGCCGUCACCACUGGCCUGGCCAUCCUCAUCGCCCUGGCUGUCUAUGGCUCCCGGCGGUACAAGGCCAGGGGUUACCGCACAGUGGAGGAGGGGCAGAGCCUGGUCCCAGACAGCUCCGCAUAUAGCACCACUGCUGAGCUGGGGGAGAGAUGCCAGCAAGACCCAGAGAGCCAGACGGGUUAACUCCCGCUGGCUGCUACUGGGGAAAGCCCCAUCCACCUCCAGGCACAGCAACAAGCUUCCCGCUGCAUAGAGCUGUGAGCUCCCCCUCUCCUCCUGGGCAGAACUGUGAGCUCCCCCCCUCUCAGGCUGUAGCUGUGUCCCCACUGCAUUAUUAGCUUGAGCUGCAACCCACCCCCACCGGCCAGCCCCCUGGAGCUAGAGAUGUGUGUGCACUGGAGUCGGGUCAGGGGUAACCCUUGAUCCCACCUCAGGGUGACCCUGGAGUGGAGCCAGGUCCUGUCUGUGCUCUGAGCCACCAAGCGAUUAGAUGCAGAGACAGUGAGAGAGGACUCACUGUGGGCGAGGACCGGGAGGGGGGUACACAAUGCAGGGAUCACUCUAAAUACCCCCUGUGACACUGCACCCUGUAUUCUCAUAGAUAUAUUAUGAUAUGAUUAUGGAAUAAUUAUGAUGCAUUUUGUACAAGAUAAGUCAUGUGAGGUGUCAUUGGAAAAGUGAUGAUUUGCUGAAUAUGAUCAUCCUAGUUGUAUGCAGAUAUCAUUUUUGUAUCUGAAGUUAUGAAUAUUGACUAGGAAUCUGUAUUUCAAUCCUGCUUAUGCUGGGUGACACCCACAAUUAGCCUUUCUGGUACAACAAUGAAGAAGCCAGACAGUGCUGAUGGCCCAUCAGCAAAGACAAUGGACCCUGGAAGAACUUAACCUUCCUGUGAAUGUUCCAGACAGCCUAUAAGAAAUGGCUGCUAUGACUCAGCAAGGUAUGCAAGGGCAUGUGACCAGGUCACAUGUCUCUAGACUCCAUCUUGGGAUGUCAGUGUUUUUCCACAAACUGAGUUUGGGACAAAGGGUUCCUACCAUAUGCUAAAGCUAUAUUAGGCAGGGAGUGACGUGAUCAUCUGGGGUUCUUCACUCCUCACACACAAGAAAGACUCCUGAAAACACCAAAGGAACAAACAGUGAACUGGGGAAAGUGCUGGACCCAGGCUAAAGGCAUUUCUAGCCUGUGUAUGAAGGACCUGGGGAGUCCAAUCUCUAAAGCAAGUGCAGCUUGCGCCUUAAGAAUCUGCAGCCUGCUUGUACCAUCUCUGAGGGUGAGAAACUGCUAAUACAUAUUCAAUCUAGCAAGUGUGGUAAGCUUAGUUUGCGGUUUUGUUUAUUUGCUAGGGAAUCUGCUUUGAUCUGUUUGCUAUCACUUAUAAUUGCUUAAAAUCUAUCUUUUGUAGUUAAUAAAAUGUUUAAUCUAAA